AUGCAGAUGGAUAUAUUUGAUUGGCUUGGUCUACGUGAUAAGGACGGCCCGCGAGUGCCACAGCCGACUCCGUGCAUCUCGGAAGAGAAUCCUUGUAUGAUGCUGUGCCAUACGUACGGGUUUGCCCUUCUAUAUGGCCAUGCAGUCAUGACGUUGGCGAUAUGCGGGCCAGGGAGCCGUAGGGGAUUGACUAAUUGCUCAUCUCCCACGACGCGUACUCAAGAUGCGAACUAUUACUCUAUGAGAGUGAACUUGAUAGGGGAUUUGCAACUGCCGAGAAGCCUGUCUCAUCAUGAAACAUGGCGAAGCAGGCAGUCGUUCGGUCAUCUCCUUUGGGAACGGGCCGUUUCCCUUGCCCAACAAGUCGGCGAAUACUCGGGGAAUCCCCGCAACUUCGGGACUGAUGCUAAACCCGCCCGGGAAAGAGAUCUGAAUGUGAUGGUGCCGUGCUUGUGGAGACGGGAAGCCGAACAGUCCCUGGACCCUAUCUAUUCCACAUGGCACAGUCCACAUCAAGUAUGGAAGCCACGCCUGGUCCAUCUCGCGCAAGCCACGCCCAAAUCUACCUAUAUUGCAUGUUUACAGUUAGCUGAAGCUGUCAAGACCAGGCUGAAACGCGGGAAGCUGAUACCUAGAGUUAGCUAUGGAGGAAAUGAUGGAAGACAGAGCGGAGAAGUUGCGUUAUCCAUGGAUCGUCAUGAGUAA